AUGGAUCUUUUCUGUGAUAAUAUGUCGGCUAUAGCGCUCGCUCACAAUCCGAUUUACCAUGCCAGAACGAAGCACAUCGAAAUAGAUCAUAGAUUCGUUCGGGAUCACAUUCAAAAUAAAGCCAUUCGUCUGCUACCGAUCGGGACAAAUUUCCAGAUUGCGGACAUUCUCACGAAGCCCUUAUCCACUCCCAGGUUUCAAGAGUUAAGAUCCAAACCGACCAUUCAAGAUGAACGCUCGUUAAUCAAUACCUUAGGGCGUCGAGGUUUUUCCUUUCAUCUUCACUUUUUCGUUACUGUUCCCCUCCGUUGCUUUUCUAGGUCUAGGAUUACACGCGUCGCUUCUUCGGCUCAUUCGUGGCUGUUCGACUUCGCUCCUUCGACGACUUUCCCUUGCUGUCGGAUCGGAAGUUACGACAUUUUGAUCGGAAGCAAGAACGGGAGCUCGCUGGCUGUGAAGGUUAUGGUUGUGCCACUCCCACACCGGCCUCUUUUCCUUGGAUUUUACAUGUCAGUCUCCUUCAAGCAAAUGGCUGCAUCCAGAGGCUAUGAAGACAUUGUGAGAUUUCUUAUUCAAUGGAGAGCUGAUGUAAAUUGCAUUGAUAAAUUUGGAAAUUCGCCAUUGUUCGAAGCUGUUAGGGCCGGACAUGAUAAAGUUGCAAAGCUGCUUGUGCAGAAUGGCGCAAUUCUGAACCUAGAAGAUGCCGCUGCAGAAGGGCUGCACCUUCUGGCGAGUGUCUUGCUUGAAUUUGGAGCUAAUGUGCUCUCCCAAGAUAGAUGGGGAAACACCCCCCUUGAGGAAGGCCAGAGAUGCGGAAGCAAACCUCUAAUCAAGAUCUUAAAGCAUGCUAGUCAAAGAAGUAUAUUAAUGUCUCUUUAGAAUACAAAUAAGUUCCACAAAAUAAGCAACUUUUUUCCUGUAAUUUUUUUGAACUUUUACUGCAAGCCAAAGUUUUAUUUUUUUAUCAAUUCAAAAAUGGGUAUCACCUACUUUGAUGUGUAAUCACUAUUCAAAAGUAACGUUUUACAACGCAAUGCUUUGUUCUGAGGCUUCAUUUGGUUUUUGUAACACUUAUCUAGUUGAAUAAGCUAUUAGAAAGCAGGAACAGGGUUUUUUUUUGCUC